AUCAACAAUCCGAUAGUAACGGACAUGUGCAUGGUGUUGGUCAAAAUAGCCACAAGUACGCAUGUAGUGGGCAAGUUGAAUUUGGCCAAACAAUACCAGACACCAUAUACCAAGUUAUGAAAACAAACACAGUUUCCGAAGAGCCAUUCCACAGCAUAAUGCUAGGGCCCUAAUGCUACGUGUACAAAAUCGCCCAUUCACACGUGGAUAAUGAAUUUGACCUCUCUAAUGUCAAACCUUCGUUAGCAGUCUUUCCAGUUCACCUCUCAUAUAUGCCCUUUCGAUUACGAUCAUGUUUAUGAUGUAAAAGGAUGUAAAUAUUAUGAGCUUACAUUAAUCGGUUAAGUCCCCCUCUUUAUUACGAGUGACCGUCCGCCCCGUUAUUAUGCAAACCCCACAAUUUUUACCAUGUUACAAUUUCUGUGCUCUGGUACAUCACUUGGCACUUAUUUUUAACAGCGAACAUCGGAACACCAUUCGUUGACGGGGUUAGAGAGUGCACACGAGGAUACCUCUAUUUCGUCACAUCCGCGUGAAUAUAUUCACAAAGGCGCGCACCUGGGUAGUAUAAAUGUCCGUAUGAUCGUAUUUCAUAUUUCACAGUAGAUCGAGUUUCAUAUCAUUAAUAUGACUAUAUGAAUAUUUCCACUGUUAGGUUAUGUAUAUAUAAUAACAUUAUAUUUUGAGUUAUGAACCUUUUUGGUUAUAUAUUGUGUGUAAAACCAGUUAGUACCAUUAGCAGUAUUGCAAAAGUUGGUGUAGAAUUACGAAGGAAUAUUGUGACUUCCUGUGUAAACUCAAAGUGCUAUGGUCAGUAUGGAUUGAGUGUGGGAGCUUUAAGUGAAAGUAAGAAAGAAUGGCAGACAACACGUGUACAGUUACAGAUCAAAGACAGACAGAAUCGUGGCUUUCUUGACCAUGAAGCCAAGAUUGACCAUGUUCACAUGGAAGACUCCCUGUUCGACUACCUGUGUGAGACACCUGACAAGUUGUCCAUCACAAGGUUCAAGACGGAGCUGGAGAAGACUGGACUCAGGGAGACGGACCAUCGUCUGAAGGAAUCCAUGGCCAAGAUCGCCAGCAUACAGAGUGAGAACAUCAAGAGAGAGGGGCAUGCAUAUGACUUCCUGGACAGAGGGACGUUUAAAAAGUGUAUUGCAGACAACAUUGUUCUCAUCGCUAAGGCAUUCCGAGAGGAGUUUGUGAUCCCCGACUUUUCUACCUUCUGUCGGGACAUUGACAAGCUGUAUGAGAAGGGCAAGUCCAACACAGCUGGAGCGCCGGCAUCCUACAUCCCCCAGCUGGCAAGGUUUAACCCCAAUCUGUGGGGUGUGUCCGUCUGUACAGUAGAUGGCCAGAGGUAUUCCAUUGGAGACACUGAGGUACCGUCCUGCCUACAGUCAGUAAGCAAAGCCAUGACAUAUGCCCUAGUUCUCAGUGACCUGAGCUCGGAGGUUGUUCACCAAUAUGUGGGCCAGGAGCCGAGUGGACAGCCUUUCAAUAUGUUGUGUCUCAACGCAAACAACAAGCCACACAACCCAAUGAUCAACGCUGGUGCCAUUGUCACAUGCUCACUACUAAAGAAAGAUCUCAACCUCGCCGACAGAUUUGAUUUUACUAACAAGAUGUACAAGAGGAUGGCUGGCAAUGAAUACAUGAGCUUCAACAACUCUGUUUAUGAAGCAUAUUUUGACCCCAACGAUCAUAUUUGUGACAGUGACAGGCGCUUCCUAUCUGAGCGGGAAACAGCUGACCGAAACUUUGCCCUGGGUUACUAUAUGAGAGAAAACAAGUGUUUCCCAAAGGGCACAAACCUGAUAGAGCUGCUUGACUUCUACUUCCAAUGUUGCUCUGCUGAGAUCACAUGUGAGUCUGGUGCUGUAAUUGCGGCAACGCUUGCCAACGGUGGCAUCUGCCCAACAACAGGGGACAAGGUUCUCCAGCCUGCUGCCAUCAGAGACACACUGUCCCUUAUGUUGUCCUGUGGGAUGUAUGACUACUCCGGACAGUUUGCCUUCAAGGUGGGUCUGCCGGCCAAGUCAGGUGUAUCUGGGGGUGUGAUGCUGGUUGUGCCCAAUGUGAUGGGCAUCUAUCUGUGGUCACCCCCUCUUGACCAGUAUGGGAACUCCUCCAGGGGCAUCCAGUUCUGCGAGAACCUGGUGAGCGGCUUCAACUUCCACAACUACGACAACCUGAACCACACCCAUGAGAAGCGUGACCCUCGGGUGAGGAAAGUGGAUACACAGUCAAGCAAUGUGGUCACACUGCUCUUCUCAGCCUUCAACGGAGAUGUGACUGAUCUCAGGAGAUGUGCUAUUGCUGGGAUGGACAUGAGCACACCUGACUAUGAUGGCCGUACAGCUCUCCACAUCGCUGCUGCAGAGGGGCAUCUGGACGUCAUCAAGUUCCUUCUCAACAAAUGUAAAGUCAGCCCAUUUGCAGUGGACAGAUGGGGGUUCACUGCUCUGGACGAUGCAAAGAGAUUUGAGAAGAUUGAAGCUGGUGAACUGUUGUUGAAGUCUAUGCAGGAAAUCCAACCAGACUAUGUGUACCAGCCCCACUCUCACGACUAGAUCACAUGACCAGAUCACAUGACCAAAUCACUUCACUGUAGCCAACAGAUAUCUUCAAGGUGUUUCGUUUUUAAUGCAUAUCAUAUCUACGUUGUACUUUUGCAUAGACAAACAGCAUCAUAUAAUAACUUACAGUGAGGGAUUGUCCUGUACCUAAGCAAUUCAUAUUCCAACACAGCUGGUACCUGGCCCAUACAUGGAAGGACCACUACAUAAUAUUUCAUUCAUUUGAAGGAAGGCGGUGGGCUUGCCUAGUGGUUAUAGCAUACACUCAUAUUGCAAACGAAACAGUUUAAUUUCCCACCAGGGUACAAUGUAUAUAGCCCGGGGCGGUGGGGUAGCCUAUGGU